GAUUCGGACGCAGAGACCGUUCCGGGAAUGUUGGAGGAGCCGGUUAAUGCCUUAAAAUUGUUCGAGACGAGGUUGCAUGAGAAGACAUCGUCCCAUGAAAUUUGUGACGAGGCCACCUCGACCUUGCUGAGCAGGCGCUCGUUGUGGAAGAAGGCUGAAAGCAUUGCCGGCCAAAGUUCUGGUCGAAAAUACCAACGUCUGCAGCCACACAUGCAGGUUGAGAGCAUGCAGACAGUAGUUUUCUGCGGAAGCGACUUGAAGGGGUCAGCCGCAGGUUUCAAAGGAAUAUCCGGACAAGUACGUUGCAUUCCAGUCGAGGAUCCCAGGGAGGGUCUCUCGUACAUGAUGUGCAGUUUUUGCUCCGGCGACCGCAUCUUCCAGCAGGUGUCUGGUUUGGUGCAACAUUUGGAGAGUGGCGAGUGUCCGCUGGGCCAGAAGGAGUUGAUGGAGGCUUGUCGCUUGCAACUUAUGCCGAGUGGCGCAAGCAGCGCCAACGUCCGUCUGGUGCCUUCCUCUUCUGAGGAUCACGAUUCGCAACGUGACCGCAUCGCCAGCUCCGUCAACCUGCAGAACAAGGUUGAUGAUGGUUUCAGCCUGCGACGAAAGCUAUUGUCAGAGUUGCGGAUGCUGCAACCUGCUCGGUAUGCAGAACUUGCGACUGAACCUGCUGGCCUGCUUAAUCGAACUCUCCAGGAGAUGUCUAUCCUUGUCCAAGCAGCUCGCAAGAGGCCCGAAGCACCCGAAGGUGCUCAGACGAAGCGCUUGCGAUCGAAGGACCUGGCAGCUCCUAUGGCUCGGCGCGUGUUGAAGGGGCCACAGCGAGGCUUCCUGGAAGCCCUGGCUGGCAGGCUACGCAGUCAGGGCAUUUCCAUUAGCUCACCCUUCACCUUUGAGAAGUAUCGCUCCUUCUGUGAGGUGGUCUCGCCGUCGCCCACAGAUGUGUAA